AUGAAAAAUUAUCAGAAAAAUAACUUGGCAAUUGUAAAGACUCGAAUUGUUCCAAAUGGAGUCAUUUGCUUCCUCCAUGUUGCCAAAAGCGCGGGAACUGCCUUCACCGAGUAUUUAACCUCCAACAUUGUUUCUCGAUCCCGAAACCCACUCGACCAAGAUGGCUACUACUUCGGCAACCAUCGAAUUCCUUCAAAACACUUCGACUGGAGCUCCGUUGAAAAUCUCAAAAACGCAAUGACGGACAAAACAGAACAUUUUGAAGUCAUCACUCUUUUGAGAGAACCAGUUUCACGGGCGAUCAGUCACUUUAACUUCAUCAAACGAGAUCGGGGAUGGGCUUCGAAAUUGCUCGUUGGAGUUAGUUUGGAGGAAUUGCUUGGGAACUUGGACUUGAUGAUGCAAGUAAGGGGUUUGUGGCAGGAUGGACAGGCGAGUGUAAGUUGGCUCAGCGGAACCCACAUCGGCCAAUCCUGGGUAAAACACGAGUGGGAUCGAACCCUCCCGAAAUCCGACCAACUCCGAGAUCUUGAAGAAGACAGCCUAAACUUCGAAAAAGUCCUCUCAGACGCUGCUGAUCGUCUCGAAUCAUGCACUUGGAUUGGGUUGAAAGAAAGACUCAAUGAUAGCAUUGAGCUGCUGAAUAAUCAAUUUCCGAAUGGAAUUAAGAAAGAUGCAGUGAUGAAAUCGACGGCAAAUAAGUUGAAUUAUGAAAAACCGGGGCAAAAUGUUCUUGACAAGCUCAAGGUUUUGAUGCCGCUGGACAUUUGGUUGUACGAAUACGCCGUUGAUUUAUUCAACGCUCGCUGGAGCUAUUAUAAAACUGGAAAAGUCGAAGAAAUCCCAAAGCGUCCACCUUUUCCGAAAAUCACCUGCAGAUCUACUCGUUAUAUUCUUAUGUGCUACGAAGGCCCUUUUGGACGAUUUGUUUACAGAUGGCCGGCGCUCGAAAAUGUCGAAAGCGAAGCUGAAAGAGCUAAGCAAGAAGAAUAUUAUCAAAAAUGGAUGAAGGAAAUUCAAGAUUAG